GUGAAGUCCGUCUAAAAUGGAUGGGAGAUAAGACUAGCCCUUACAAAUAUCUCGGUAAAAGUGUACAAGUCAGAAACAUAAACCUGUUAACGUACGAGAUGGAUGAAAUCAAAGUUAAGCAGUUUCAAACUGUAUGGUUGAGAGACAAUAUCUCUACACUAAGUGCCGAAUUUACAUUUAAGCGACGUCUGACCGGUAACAUGAUGAAUGUCUACAUCCCUAGUACACUAGUAGUCAUGCUGUCAUGGCUCUCAUUUUGGAUCGACGUCCACGCAACACCCGCACGCAUCACUUUGGGUGUGACUUCAAUCCUGACUUUAGUCACUCACUUGGUGCAGUCCAGAAGCUUCGUGCCUCCUGUGGAUUAUUUAAAGGCUCUGGAUGUCUGGUUUAUAUUCUGCAUCGUUCUGAUAUUUUUAUCUUUACUGGAAUACGCUUUCGCUUAUCAAUCCGUCAUCAAUGUAAAAGAGGUAAGUAAAAUAAACUGUUUCCAACUUAACAUUCAAAUAUGAAAUAAAACAGUUUAAAAUGCAGGCCUUAAACAUUUUGUCGUGUAAAGAAAAUAGUUUUAAUUAAUGAACACCAUUAUUGCUCACGUUUUUUGAGAUUGGGGUGAAUGAUAGUGAGUUGACAUCACCAUUAUCAUAUAAUGUAC